AUGAAGUUUCAAGUUGGACUGAUCCUCUUGACAUCCCUCGCGGCUGUCGGCUCUGCCAAGGAGUUCUUCAACCGCGAGAUUUACAAAGACAAGACAGGUCUUCUUGGGCGCCGUAUUCAUCACACUUACGAGGCGCCGGAGGACAGAGACGAGGAUAGACGCCGUGGCCUCAAGGGCGGUUCGCCACCGGUUCAUGUGAUUGGCGUGGAAAUAUCAGAACUGGACUACAAGACAGGAAAAGACAAAGUUGUCGUUGUCAAUGGACUUGGCAAAAUGAUCCAUGGUCGGUGUUCCCAAUGCAUGACGCAGGUAUUCCAAAAGCCACAGGGAGAGAAUUACGUAGCGCUAUUCCCACCCACCUUUCGGAUUGGUGGCGACGAUUCGUUGGAGCAGAAACUUCCUGACUACUAUCUUCCUCGAAUGCACACCAACUACGAAAACCGAGCGAGAGACGCAACUGACUCGCUACCAAAAUUCAAGACGUUUCCUCCUGACAAUGAAGUGAACGCGGAUGGCAGCUUGAAGAAUGUAGAAUGA